CACAUCACAUCUAAGCUGUACAGCUUCUUACAAACCUACUUAGCCAGUCUGACAGAGUAAGAGAGCAUGUGUGUCUGUAUAUAUAUGUGUAUGUGAGAGGGGGACUCUGCAAAACAGCCAAGAUGAGAGUGAGAAGCAGUGAGAGGGAAAACCUGGGGGAAAAAAACUACUAGUCAGACAGAGGGGGAGGGAGGGAGUCAGCGAACACAGCAAAAAGGCAGAGCAGGGAAGAAGAAAGAGAGUUAAAGGGGAAUGUCAGCUUACUAUCAUUGAUGGUUCAGGGCACUAAAGUCAGAAGAAAUGCAAUGACUAGAUGACUAUCCACUCCACUCGCAUCAGCAUCUUUUCCUGGAGCCUUGACAGGAGAAAAAAUACACACUCAGUCAAAGGUAAACAUUCUUCAGCCAGUCCCACAUUACUGGAUCAUGUCAUCUACUGGCUCGACAAACCACAACAAGCGUCUGGCGUCUGAAAAGGACAAUUCCCAGAGUUUGUAUAACAAUGAUUCUGCUCAGCACAUGAAGAUAAGAGACAGGCAACGGUUCUUUGAAGAUGUCUACCAGCAUGAUGUGGACAACUACCUGCCCUCUACACACCUACAGGUUGACUGCCGGAAACCGCCCAUGGGCAGUAUUUCAUCCAUGGAGGUGAACGUGGACACUCUGGAGCAGAUGGAUCUGAUGGAUAUAUCAGAUCAAGAAGCCCUUGACGUAUUCCUCAACUCAAGUUCAGUUGGUGAUGAAGGAGCCCUAACAUCUCCACUACCAGUUAUAGAUUGUGAGGACGAUGAUGAAGAUGAAGUGGAUGAAGAAGCAGAGGUUGUCUACAGGGAACGAGCACCACUGCAAAGGCAAAACGAAGUCUACCGUGGAUCCCAGUUUCGAUUUUCUUCAACAUCAUCUGGUUCCAGUGUUACCAGUGCAGGCGGAGCCGACACACCAGUGAUCCAGUCCGAUGAUGAAGAAGUACACGCCGACACUCUGCUGCUAACCUCUGUUCCCAAUGCAAGAGACGACGAAACAGAGGAAGAAGAUGAAGAACGAUGCUUUUCAACAACCCAUCAAAAGGACUGACUAUUUCUCUUCCCCCCCGUGCAUAAGCAUUCUUUUUUAAUGAGCUGAAACGCCCCGCAUGUUUGGGUCAACUGUGAAUUCUUUUGUCCUUUAGAUUGUGCAUUCUUGCUUAUGAUUUACCAACUAACCACCUUUACUUUACAAGCUCUGUGGCACAGUCAUUUGAUAGUUUUUUUGGCAGUUGUGUCAGAAGACGUUUGUCAGUGCAAUAAGUAAAUUUUUUUGCCUGAGCUUGUUCUGAUUGACAUAAAACAAGUUCAGCUUUAUUCCUCAAUUUGCCAGGGGGAUCCUUGUGACAUAUAUUAUUAUUAAAGGCUCAGAUUCUCAACAGAUGAACAAAGAAGUAAAAACAAGAUCCCCAAUUGGUCAAAAUUCAUGACUUAAUUGAAACCUCAAAUGCACAAGUGGGUGCGUUUCAGGACAAAUAAAGAAUUAGGUUGGUUUUAGGAACAACUGGUUCCUAGAACCUUUACUAUAGCUCUGUUUCAAAAACAUAAAACUCGUCAUGAGUUGUAAAAAGAAAACAUAUCUGUUUUUUGAGAGAAACAAAAUACACAUUAAAUCAAGUAAGUCAAAGAUCUGGUUAUGAAUGAAAGCAGUUCCUUCAUACUUUUAAUGGAAAGCAUGUGAGAAAAGAAGCCAAGAAAUAAAGCUGAUAACGGACUGGAUAUUGUAAGAUAUCCAGUAAUAAAAACACACACCACAGUAUUAAAUAAAUCAAGUGUAAAAACCUCUGUUGAUCCUGCUUAUGGAUUUUCUUUUUAUUCCAUGUAUUUUAGACAAAUCCUUUUGAAGUUUGUUGGAUCAUUUGCAGUGUAUUCAUAAUGUUGCAUUAUAAAACACAGUGCCUGUUAUUUUUUUUCUGUUAGCAAACAAGAUUAUGAAUCAGACCUUAGUACUAUUUCUUUAUGCUCUUCUUUUUGCAGUUCUCUUUGUAAACAUUGUCUUCAAGCAGGAAUAACAAAACUUCCAUGAGUACCUGCUCAACAGCAUGUUUUGACUUUCAUUGUUGUUAACUCUUGCAUUAUAAGAGUUGUAGUUAAUCCAUGGAGAUUAAAAGCUCGUUGAUGUGUGAAGAGCUCAGAGAGUUCAAUGGGGACAUUUUCAGUUUGAGGUUAAGCCGUACAUUUUUUAGGGACUGAGUUUUGUUAUCAGAAACUGAAAAACAGAAAAGGAGGAGGGAGUUACUGGAUUUUGUUAUGUUAACAAAGAUACAAAAACAUGCCAAAAUAGUGUUUUCGUGACAAACAAUGAGUGUGUGGGAAAUAUAUUGGGUUCGAUUUUCUUUUUCAAUUUAAAUUUUUUAAAUUAAAAAAUCUCCAGCCCAGAAUCAGGGAGUGUUGCGUGUUACACAAUGGUACAUUUGUUAGCGCUGUUGGCUUGCAGCAAGAAGUCUCUUGUUACACAUCCAAAUCUAUAGAUUUUGCUUUUUUUUUCUCACUGAGCACAAGUGAGAAUUGUGUGAACUUUCUCACACAAUUUUAUACCCCGCAUUUCUACCAGGGACUGCUGGUGAUAGGCAGAUGGGCGCCCUGCAAGGAUAAGAGGGUAAAGAUUGCACCCACACCCCAUAAAAAGGUCCACUUUCACAGUCCUCCAUUUCUUGUCCAACAUAUACACAAGUUAAAGAGAAAUAGUAUGUAAAAUUGACUUUUUGAGCUUUACUUUGUGUUUUAAUGUUAUUCAUUUAAACAACUGAAGAUUAUGUAGUUACUUGUGUUAUACAGUGGCACUGUGUUCUUAUUAAUAACCCCUUUAGCAGUUAUCAAGGCAUUUUUGUGCAAAUUAAUGAGUUGGUACUGAAAUACAGAGUGAAAAGUAAUUCAUACGGUUGCACCAUUGUGGCGCUAUUAUCCUGCUGACUCAGGAUAAUAUUGUGGGUCAAUCCAGGAGAUUGGCUCCACCUGUGUCUUCUGGAGUUGUCGACAAAGUAAUUUUGGGGUCAUCUGUGUUGUGAUUCCCUCCAAUAGAUUUCCCAUCAUGCCAAUCAGCAAACAGAACCAUUAGUUGCCAAUUUUCCGCCCUAUUUCAGAAGAGUAGUAUGACUGCAGUUUUGACAAUAGCAGCUUAGGAAGUGACUGAAGCACUUCAGUCAUGUUGGCCAUGCUUCCACAUAUUGAAUUAACAUUAACAGCCAUUUGGUUCCCACAUCGUGGGGAAAUGCUGGCGAUUGGGUAAAAUUUAAAACAGGAAGCAGUUGUUCCUCAUUAGACGAAAGCCCAGACCCUCUAUAUGCAGCAAAUAGUGUAGGACAAGCAAUUGUGUUUUUAUUUUUUAACCAGGCUUUCUGACUACAAAAUGAAAACACAAAAAAUACACACCUGCUUUUCUUUCGUACUCAGUAGUUUUUGAAGUAGUGAUUUUACAUCAACCACUGACGACAGAAAUAAAAUAUAUUUGUAAAGUUUAUUCUGUUUGCAUGAAGAAAGUAUUUUGAACAUUAUGAAUGAAAUGGGGUUUUUUUGGGGGUUUUUUUGCAAACGCAUGCCCUUUUGUUCUUGUAGAUGUAUGCUUAUAUGUUCUUAGUACUUUCUAAAAUAUCCCGGGAAUGCCUGUGUGAAAUAUGCUGUCCUUGUUAAAGAAGAGGACUCCUCAUUUACGGUGUGAACAGAUGGAGAAAAAAUGGCACACCCUAGAAGAGUUUUAUGUGCUCAUGAUGUGUGUUAAAUUUAUUUUGUAAAUGCAUAAAGAUGUGAGUGGUGCAGCACAACAGUAAAGCUGUUAAUAAAGCAAUCCCAGAGA